GGAGGUACUCUGCUUCAGCAGACUGCAACUUGCAACCAGAGCAACACUUAUUAAGCCUCUACUCUCUAAAGAGACUAGAAAACAAACCAAAUCGCUACAGACGAGACGACUGACCGCUACACUUAGGAUAAAAAUACAUUUGCAAAGACUGAGAGCAAGACAUCGUAAAGGGAAUAGCAAAAUAAAAAAUAUAUUUAAUUUAAUAGGCUACGCAACAAAUAAAAAAACAAAUAUGUUCAUUUUCUCCAUCGUCGUGAUAUUAAUUGGAACCUUCAAUAUGGUUCUUUCCUCCUCUUCUUGCCCCUCGGUAUGCGAGUGCCCGAUGGAGCUGCCCAGGUGCGCGCCUGGUGUGAGCCUCGUAGUGGAUAGCUGCGGGUGCUGCAAAGUCUGCGCGAGACAACUCAACGAGGACUGCAGUCUGACAGAGCCUUGCGACAACACCAAAGGACUUGAGUGCAACUUUGGGGCCAGCUUCGGUGCUAUGCGUGGCAUCUGCCGUGCUAAGUCAGAGGGAAGACCCUGUGAAUACAACAGCAGGAUUUACCAAAACGGAGAGAGCUUCCAGCCUAACUGCAAGCACCAGUGCACAUGCAUCGAUGGGUCUGUGGGCUGCGUCCCACUGUGCCCUCAGGAGCUCUCCCUGCCCAACCUGGGCUGUGCCAACCCAAGGCUGGUCAAGGUGGCAGGCCAGUGCUGCGAGGAGUGGGUAUGUGAUGACGGAAAGGACACUGACAUAAUUGACAAGCUGUUUGGCAAAGACAGCAUGACUGAAGAGUCAGAGAGUGACCUCACCAACAGAAACGAGCUCAUCGCCAUUGUCAAGGGAGGACUCAAGUCUCUAGCUGCUUUCAGAGUGCAGCCUGAGAGCCACAUGUUUGAGAGUCAGAAGUGCAUUGUCCAGACCACUCCUUGGUCCCAGUGCUCCAAGACCUGUGGCACAGGCAUCUCCACCCGAGUCACCAACAACAACGGCGAGUGCAAGCUGGUUAAAGAGACACGCAUCUGCGAAGUGCGGCCAUGCACCCAGUCAUCCUACUCCAGCCUUAAGAAAGGAAAGAAGUGCAGCAGAACCAAGAAGUCUACCCAGGCUCAGAAGUUCACCUAUGCCGGCUGCUCCAGCCUGAAGAAGUACAGGUCCAAGUACUGUGGAUCCUGUGUGGACGGCCGCUGCUGUUCCCCCCAGCAGACCCGCACCAUCCGGGUCAAGUUCCACUGCGAGGACGGCGAGACCUUCAACAAGAACGUCAUGAUGAUCGAGUCCUGCAAAUGCACCUUCAACUGUCCCCAUGCCAAUGAAGCCUCCUACCCCUUCUACAGACUCUUCAACGACAUCCACAAGUUCAGAGACUAAAUCAAAUCUGAUUGUGCAGAGAGCCGACCCCUGAGAGAUCCCAAAACAACAACAUUGACAGCCAAUGGUAGUCCAUCUAAAUGCAGGGCUCCAACUCAACUGCCAAUGAACUAUCAACUUCGUGUUGUAACUAGAUUCCCAAGGAAUUAUAGGCUUGCAUCAUGAGGACUUUAUGAAGUGCACUGUCUGCUGUGACCGAAUCAGCAUUCUAAAUUAAGAUUCGCUUCAUACUACUGGAGCAUCAGAGUAGCUUCGUUAUGGAGCAAAAUGUAAAUUAACAUGUGUAAAUGACAAUGUAUGUUAAUAUCAAUUAGUUGUGUAUAUUCGACGAUAGGUACCAACCAGACAUGACCCAAACAAACUUUAGACGUGUGUGUAUGGAUGUUGUUUGGAUAUGCAGAUACGUAAUUUAAUUAAGUAUAACAUGAUCUUGUAACCUAAUGAACCAAGACACCACAUGUUACCGUGGUUCCAUACAUGUUUGUGUUUUGUGGCAGCUAAGGACCUUCCCAAAUUUAUCAAGAAAGACAAAGUGAAACAUAUCAAAUGAAUGUUUUCAUUAUUGUUAUUAAUAUUAUUUAUCAAAUUGUAGCUACUUUAUUUAGAUUUUUGUCAUACUGGAAUAAAUUGUAAAAAUGAUUUAAUUUUAUAUGUUACAAAAUAAAACAGAUUUAUUUAUGAAAU